AUGCUAUCUUGCUGCAGUAACUCAAAGAUCAAAUUAUCAGACCUGUAUCAUGCUCUGUCCUCUGCUGAAAACAAGGUGCCAUGGUGCUCAACUAUCUGGGGAGGUGUUAAUUAUCCAAAACAUUCUGUUAUAUCUUGGUUAGCUGUCCAAGACAGGCUUCUAACUCAAGACAAACUGAUUAGGAGAGGGUUAAUUCAAACAAAUCAGUGUUUCCUUUGCUCAGGAGCUGAAGCUGAAAGUAGGAACCACUUAUUUUUUAAUUGCAAAUUCUCUAAAGAGGUAUGGAAUAACAUAAUGGGAUGGCUUUGCUUCAAGUGGAGAAGCUGUGAUUGGAAUCAGGUGCUAAACUGGUAUUGUUUCAGGUUGCGGGGAGGAAGAUUCAAACAUAAUAUCAAAAGACUGGCAUUAACAGCAUCAAUUUAUAGCAUAUGGAUGGAGCGCAAUGGAAGACUUUUCAAUCAAAAAUCAAGGACAGUUGAUCAGUUAGUUAAACUGAUUAAAGAGGUUAUGAUGAUUGCAAUUAUUAACAGUGACACAGAUUCUGAAAGCAAGAAAUGGAUGCAGCAGUCACUAAUUUUUACAGGCAACAGUGUAUAA